CAGAUGAGAGUCUGAGGCCACAUUUGCCUCAAAGUGUCCACGGACCAAGCAGUCCUUAAUGAAUAGGCAAAGCCAACCUCGGCUCUCCAAGAGAAGAAGAAAUGCUCCUCUGAAAUCAUCACCUUUCCAGAGUCCUCAAACUGACCAAGCAUUGAAAAGAACACAAGAAUAAAACGGGUUUCCAGUGCCUCUGGCCUUCCUGUUGAACACAAAGAGUAUAUGAAGACUGCUCCAACAUGUCAGAGACUUCCUCCCAUGACUCCUUCCAUGAUUCCCUAUCAGACAUGCAGGAAGAAAGCAAGACUGCUGACUUCUUCCCAGAGCUAUCUGCGUUUCUCAGCCAGGAGGAGAUAAACAAGAGCCUUGACCUGGCCCAGAGAGCCAUAGCCAACUCUGAAACAGAAGAUUGCGACUCAGAAAAGGAGAUCUCGCAGAUUUUCAAUACCUCUCCUGUAAGCUUCUGUGAAAAUCCUUCCCAUAAGGAGACCAAACUGGGUGAACAAACCUCUUCAGGAAGACCUCAGGAUAGCAAGCCAACAGCCAUGCAGCCUCUGGCAGAAGAACAAACUAAGAGUUUCUCUUCACCCUCUUCAAAGAGGAAACCUGCCAUAUCACCCCUGCUUGCCAGACCCAGCUACAUCCGGAGCCUCCGAAAGGCUGAAAAACGGGGUGCAAAAACUCCCAACACAGAUGUGAAGCCCAAACCGGCACGUCAAGGUACGGCUGGACCCCAGAGCCAGCUGUGUGACAAGGCAGCUCAUUUGAUCGAGGAGCUGACAUCCAUAUUCAGAGAAGCGGCAAAGCCGAGAAACAGAAGCCCCAACGAGGAGUCCUCAUCACCAGACAGUGGGUACCUGUCUCCUAAAAAUCAGCCACCUGCCCUGAUCGGUGCCUCUGCCAGCCAGAGCCCCACCGAAGACCAGCAGGAGAGAGAAGCAGAAGUCAAGUCACCCGAGGCCAGGCGCUGCUGCCAGGCGGACCGGGGCGUGGCGGUGUCGCGCCGCAGCACCUCUCACCCGCCGCCCCACAAUGCACUUCGCUUCCCCUCCGCGCCUCGGUUCACCCAGAAGCUGAGGAGCCAGGAAGUAGCGGAAGGAAGUAGAGUUCAUCUGGAGUGCAGAGUCACCGGAAACCCAACUCCUCGAGUCAGAUGGUUCUGUGAGGGGAAGGAGCUGCACAACACUCCUGAUAUUCAAAUCCACUGUGAGGGUGGAGACCUCCAUACACUGAUCAUAGCAGAGGCCUUUGAGGACGACACCGGUCGCUAUACCUGUCUGGCUACGAACCCCAGCGGCUCAGACACAACAUCUGCUGAGGUGUUCAUUGAAGGUGCCAGUUCAACAGAUUCUGAGAGUGAAAGUUUAGCUUUCAAAUCAAAAGCUGGAGCUAUGCCACAAGCUCAGAAGAAAACAACUUCUGUUUCCUUGACAAUAGGAUCAUCAUCUCCAAAGACGGGAGUGACCACAGCUGUGAUCCAGCCAUUAUCUGUUCCUGUUCAACAGGUUCACAGUCCAACUUCAUAUCUCUGCCGACCUGAUGGAACCCCUGCUGCCUACUUUCCUCCUGUGUUUACAAAGGAACUGCAAAACAUAGCAGCGGCAGAGGGCCAGGUGGUGGUUCUGGAGUGUCGGGUCCGAGGAGCACCUCCUCUGCAGGUCCAGUGGUUCCGGCAAGGGAGUGAAAUCCAGGACUCUCCAGAUUUCAGAAUUCUACAGAAAAAACCUAGAUCUACAGCUGAACCUGAGGAGAUUUGUACCCUAGUUAUUGCUGAGACCUUCCCUGAAGAUGCAGGGAUUUUUAUGUGCUCGGCAAGAAACGAGUAUGGAUCAGUAACCAGCACUGCCCAGCUGGUUGUCACCUCAGCCAACACUGAAAACUGUAGCUAUGACCCAGUGGGAGAAUCCAACAAUGAUCACUUCCAGCACUUUCCACCUCCCCCUCCAAUCUUGGAGGCAAGUUCCUUUGAGUUGGCUUCAAAGAAACCAUCUGAGAUCCAGCAGGUGAAUAGUCCGGAGUUAGGGCGUAGCAUGGCAGCCCUUCAAAUGCAAUUCAGUUCUGCUGAGAGGGAAACUAACGGAGUCUAUCCCAGCCAUGGAGUAAAUGGACUGAUUAAUGGCAAAGCUAAUGGUAAUAACUCUCUGCCAACACCAGCUGUCCUGCUUUCACCCACUAAGGAGCCACCACCUCUGCUUGCCAAACCAAAACUGGACCCUCUGAAAAUCCAGCAGCUCCAGAACCAAAUCCGACUGGAGCAGGAGGCGGGCGCGCGGCCGCCCCCCUCGCCGCCCUUCCCGCCGCCGCCCGCCUGCCCCGCGCUCGCGGCCCACGCGCCGCCCGUCGGCCCGGAUCCCAUGAGCGCGCUGGCCUCCCGCUCCGCCUCCGCCAUGCAGUCCUCCGGCUCCUUCAACUACGCGCGCCCCAAGCAGUUCAUCGCCGCGCAGAACCUCGGCCCCGCGUCCGGCCACGGCACGCCGGCCUCCAGCCCCAGCUCCUCCAGCCUCCCGUCGCCCAUGUCCCCGACGCCCAAGCAGUUCGGCCGCGCGGCCGCGCCGCCCUUCGCGCAGCCCUUCGGCGCCGAGCCCGAGGCCCCGUGGUGCCGGUCCUCGCCGUCGCCGCCUCCGCCGCCGCCCCCAGUCUUCAGCCCCACGACGGCCUUCCCGGUGCCCGACGUGUUCCCGCUGCCGCCGCCGCCGCCGCCGCUCCCGAGCCCGGCCCCAGCCUCCCACUGCGCCUCGCCCGCGGCCCGCUUCGGCCACAGCCAGACGCCCGCGGCCUUCCUCAGCGCCCUGCUCCCCUCGCAGCCACCGCCGGCCGCCGUCAACGCCCUGGGGCUGCCCAAGGGCGUCACCCCCGCGGGAUUUCCAAAAAAGGCCGGUAGAACUGCUAGAAUAGCCUCUGAUGAAGAGAUUCAAGGCACAAAGGAUGCUGUCAUUCAAGACCUGGAACGAAAACUUCGCUUUAAGGAGGACCUCCUGAACAACGGCCAGCCGAAGUUAACAUAUGAAGAAAGAAUGGCUCGUCGACUACUAGGUGCUGACAGUGCAACUGUCUUUAAUAUUCAAGAGCCUGAAGAGGAAACGGCUAAUCAGGAAAUUGAGUCUCCUCAUGCUUCUGUAGGGCGUCCUCUGGAUGGUCAAAAGGAGUACAAAAUCUCCAGCUGUGAACAGAGACUCAUCAGUGAAAUAGAGUACAGACUAGAAAGGUCUCCUGUGGAUGAAUCAGGUGAUGAAGUUCAGUAUGGGGAUGUGCCUGUGGAAAAUGGAGUGGCACCAUGCUUUGAGAUGAAGUUGAAACAUUACAAGAUCUUUGAGGGAAUGCCUGUGACUUUCGCAUGUAGAGUGGCUGGAAAUCCAAAGCCAAAGAUCUAUUGGUUCAAAGAUGGGAAGCAGAUCUCUCCAAAGAGUGAUCACUACACCAUUCAAAGAGAUCUUGAUGGGACCUGCUCUCUUCACACCACAGCCUCCACCCUUGAUGAUGAUGGGAAUUACACAAUUAUGGCUGCAAACCCUCAGGGCCGCAUCAGUUGUACUGGACGGCUGAUGGUACAGGCUGUCAACCAAAGAGGUCGCAGUCCCCGCUCUCCCUCAGGCCAUCCUCAUGUGAGAAGGCCUCGUUCUAGAUCAAGGGACAGUGGCGAUGAAAACGAACCCAUUCAAGAGCGAUUCUUCAGGCCUCACUUCUUGCAGGCUCCUGGAGAUCUGACUGUUCAAGAAGGAAAACUCUGCAGAAUGGAUUGCAAAGUCAGUGGGUUACCAACCCCAGAUCUAAGCUGGCAACUAGAUGGAAAGCCAAUACGCCCUGACAGUGCUCACAAGAUGCUCGUGCGUGAGAACGGGGUGCACUCUCUGAUCAUAGAGCCAGUCACGUCACGAGAUGCCGGCAUCUACACAUGUAUAGCCACCAACCGAGCAGGACAGAACUCCUUCAGCCUGGAGCUCGUGGUUGCUGCUAAAGAAGCACACAAACCUCCUGUGUUUAUUGAGAAGCUGCAAAACACAGGAGUUGCUGACGGGUACCCCGUACGACUAGAAUGCCGUGUUUCAGGAAUGCCACCGCCUCAGAUAUUUUGGAAGAAAGAAAAUGAAUCACUCACUCACAGUACUGACCGAGUGAGCAUGCACCAGGAUAAUCACGGCUACAUCUGCCUGCUCAUUCAGGGAGCCACAAAAGAAGACGCUGGAUGGUAUACGGUGUCAGCCAAGAAUGAGGCGGGGAUUGUGUCCUGUACUGCCAGGCUGGAUGUUUACACCCAGUGGCAUCAGCAGCCACCGAGCACCAAGCCAAAGAAAGUACGGCCCUCAGCCAGUCGCUAUGCAGCGCUCUCGGACCAGGGACUAGACAUCAGAGCAGCGUUCCAACCUGAAGCCAGCCCAUCGCACCUGACACUGAAUACUGGCUUGGUAGAAAGUGAGGACCUGUAAUCCAACAUUCUUGUUAAAGCUGAAACACUGAAACAGCCAUUGCCGUGACCAAUGUAGUCCUUUGUCACAUUAUGUAAAAGGCAGAAACAUACCUUUGACUGUCAGAAAUAAAAAACAACACCAAAAUAAUAUUUUUCUUACUUGAUAUACCAAACUUAGAGUUGAAGUAGGUGAUGCUAAUAGAAAUGUACACAUUACACAGAAAAUUCACAUUUAUUGUCCAAUUUAAAACUUUUGGAAUUGCUGUGAUUUAAAGUGGCCUGAAAUGCCAAAACUCUAAAGGAAAUCAGUUGUUCAAAGGUAACCACAAUUGGUACUAUCUACAACUGCCUUUAAACACAAGCUAUAGGUACUACAUAGCAUGAUAGUGUGAAAUGUUUAACAUGAGGCAAUUGUACCACAAAUAAUGCUACAGUGACUCUAAAGUGCAUGCAUUCAGUUACAGUGAACCAAGUGCAAUAUGUAAGGAUGAAAAAGGAAGAGGAAAUGACAAAGAAAUCCAAGCAAAUGCCUUGUCUUUUGCAAAUUGUUUUAUAUUAAAUCAUAAUGAAGAAACUACUUGCCUUAAAUUUUACUAUCAGGAGUUUUCUAACAAGGUUAAUACCUUAGUUCUUAACCUUUUUUUCUUUAUAUGUGUAGUAUUCCCUUUUCAUGCUACCUUGGUAGGAAGCUUAUUUACAAACCAUAUUAAAAGGCUAAUUUAAAUAUAAAUAAUAUAAAGUAUUCUGAAUAAAGCAGAAAUAUAUUACAGUUCAUUCCACGAAAGGCAUCCAACCAUCCAAAUGACCAAGGCAUACAGUAUUUGGAGGAAACGGGUUUGGAAGGAGUAGGGAAGAGAAUGAAGGAAAAUGCCACUAGCACAAUUAUAUUGUAUUCAUUUAGAUAACAGUAGAAGGGCCAGAGAGGUGGCGAAGGCCAGGCUUUUCUUUGGUUUUCUUCAAAAUUGAUCUUAAAAUAUAGAGGAAAAAACACUGCCAUUUACAAGUCAAGCAAUCUAGGGUCAGCUGGAAACUUGGAGCACGUGUGCUAUGGAGAUUUCAGUGUCUGAAGUUUGUGUAGUAGUUGAAGAUUUUAGAUGUGUUGAGCAAGUUGAAAAUGGAUUGAGACUGCAAGAGUGGCAUAAGUGAGAAAUUGCCUGUAGGAUCUAGUCUAUUGAGGACAAUGGGGACUUGAGGAAACACAAAAACAGGUUUGUGCCAUAAUUAUUUUUUUCGGUGGCACCAAGAUACAGUGAGUGGAAAUUAUUAGCUCACUUCCCUGCUGUCAUGAAACCUUGCCUUAGGAACGUGCUGGGUUCCAGUAGUUUGUAAAGGCAUCUCAGCAGAGACUGCUUUUUGAAUGCAUAUGAUUCUGCAUUAGCUAGACUGAGUUGAUUCUGACCAGACUUGAUGGUUUUAAGUCGGAACCAAUAAAUUUUAAAAAGGAGAAAAAAUGAAUUGGCCUAAUAAUAAAACAUGAGGCUUUAAUGGUACUUUGCUAUGAAAAGAAAACACUGUAUUCUUUAUGCAAAACACAUGUAUCUUUCACUAUUUAUAAUAAAAGUGUUGAACUCUCUUAGCUCAGUUACUCAGCUCAUAAGUAGUAUUUUUUAAAAUAAUUUUAUAUCUGUGUACCACCCCAUAUAUUUCAUAUUACUGCUUCACAUGUACAGCUUUCUACUUCUUUGUAAGAACACCAACCAACCAAGUUUUAAAUGAUUAACAGGCUUGCGCACCGGGUGGCAGAUGUUCUACACAGUGUGGUACAAGUUUCUUUGACCGCACUUACAUGCAUUGCUAAUAUGGGAUGUAAGAUACCAUGCAAAGUCUCUCAUGGACCUUCUAUAUUGUAGAAUUAUGACAUGUCAUACCUUACUUGCCAAAUUUUUCUGAAUGUGACUUUUUUGCUAAUUUGCUGGGUUUGGGAUUAACUAGCAUUAUUUUGCCACCUUUUAUGUUGUAUUUAUACAAAAAAAAAUACUAUCAUACUACUUUGGAUUGUUGUGCUGGUGUAAUGUGGAUUUAACAUCAAUAAAUAUUUAACAAAUAA